AUGGUUCUGUUCUGGGCAAGAAUUCCCUGCGCAUCCCUGCAGCCUAGCAUGGCUCCCGCCAAACGUCUGUUCUGGAAGGACCAAAUUCGGAAAGGUUUGGAGGAACUCCAUAAAGUGCGGCCAGGUGGAGACACUUUUAUGCAUGAAGGCAUUCAGCGGGCCAGCGAACAGAUUUACUAUGGUAACUCUGAGGGAUAUCGCACAGCCAGUGUGAUCAUCGCCCUCACAGAUGGAGAACUGCACGAAGAUCUCUUCUAUUAUGCUGAGAGAGAGGCUAAUCGCUCUCGCAGCCUGGGUGCCUCUGUGUACUGCGUAGGAGUGAAGGACUUCAAUGAGACUCAGCUGGCCAAGAUUGCUGACAGCAAAGAUCAUGUCUUUCCAGUAAACGACGGCUUUGAAGCUCUACAAGGUGUCAUUGGUUCAAUCUUGAAGAAAUCAUGCAUAGAAAUCCUUGCUGCAGAACCUUCCAGUAUCUGUGCUGGAGAGGCGUUCCAAGUCGUCGUGAGAGGAAAUGGAUUCCUUCAUGCUAGAAAUGUGGACAAGGUUCUUUGCAGCUUCAGAAUAAAUGACACCCUUACCAGAAUGGUGAAGCCAUUGGUAGUGGAGGACACGUAUCUGCUCUGUCCAGCUCCUGUUCUUCGAGAGGAGGGAACGGCAGCCUCCCUUUACGUUAGCAUGAACGAAGGCUUGAGUUUUAUCUCUAGUUCUGUUACUAUCACCACUGUAAGCUGUUCUGAUGGUACGAUCCUGGCCAUAGCGCUACUGAUAGUGAUGCUACUGCUGAUUCUGGCUCUCCUCUGGUGGUUUUGGCCUCUCUGCUGCACAGUGGCCAUUAACAAGGCCUUCGAAAGGAAGAAGCUGCGAUAUACCAACUUGGCAGCUGAGGCAGAGGAGCGGGGCUGGACAGUGAAAGUAUACCCGGUGGAAGUGGGCUGCAGGGGCUUUGUGGCUAGUUCCACUAUAAGGCUGCUGAAGGAGUUGAGCAUCAGAGGACAGGUCCAGCGGAGGAUAGUCAGGGAAUUUUCCACUGUUGCCGAAAGAAGCAGCCACUGGCUGUGGCUGAAGCGGAUGGACACAGUCUGGGCUGCCAAAUGA